ACUAGAGAGAAAAACAAAAAAAAUCACAAAAAUCACAAAAAUGUUUCGAGUAAGCAACUUCGUUGUGGGUCUAGCCAACACGUUGGUGAUGUUAGUGGGCGCAUCAGCCAUUGGUUACUCCAUUUACAUGUUCGUUCAUCACGACGUGACCGAUUGUGAAUCAGCCAUUCGUGCACCACUCCUCACGACCGGGAUCAUCCUCUUCCUGGUGUCUUUAAUUGGAGUCAUAGGAUCUUGCUUCAAGGAGAAUGUCGCAAUGGUCUCCUACUUGAUCAUACUCUUCGCGGGCAUUGUCGCGUUAAUGAUUUUCUCGAUAUUUCUCUUCUUUGUGACAAACAAAGGAGCCGGUCAUGUGGUCUCUGGUCGAGUGUAUAGAGAGUACCAUACGGUGGACUUCUCGACUUGGCUUAACGGUUUUGUUGGUGGGAAGAGAUGGGUUGGUAUAAGGUCUUGUCUCGCUGAGGCUAGCGUUUGUGAUGAUUUGAGUGAUGGUCGUGUUAGUCAGAUCGCUGAUGCGUUUUAUCACAAGAACUUGUCUCCAAUCCAGUCGGGUUGUUGUAAGCCACCGUCGGAUUGCAACUUCCAGUUCAGAAACGCGACGUUCUGGAUGCCGCCGGCGAAAAAUGCAACGACCGUUGCGACGAACAACGGUGACUGCGGUGCGUGGAGUAACGUGCAAACGGAGUUAUGCUUUAACUGCAACGCAUGCAAAGCGGGUGUGUUAGCCAACAUAAGAGAGAAAUGGAGGCAUCUUCUGGUUUUCAACAUAUGUCUCCUCGUACUCCUCAUAACCGUCUGUUCAUGCGGUUGCCGUGCUCGUCGUAACAAUCUCGCGGCUACCGAAAGUGACUACAAGACAAUGGAGGAACAGCUAAGACAAUUAAAAGACAUAUUUGAUCGUUUCGACAUGGACGGAGAUGAGCUAACCAUCUUAGAACUCGCGGCACUUCUCCGGUCACUCGGUCUCAAACCAUCCGGCGACCAAAUCCACGUUUUGUUAGCAAGUAUGGACUCAAACGACAACGGUUUCGUGGAGUUUGAUGAGCUCGUAGGCGCUAUUCUUACCGACCUGAAUGAGGAGAUCUUCAACUCGGAACAGCUACUCGACAUUUUCAAAUCGUUUGAUAGAGAUGGUAAUGGAUUCAACAGUGCGACUUCCCUGCCCGGAGCAAUGGCCAAGAUGGGCCAACCAUUAGACCUAGCGUAGAUGAUUAAAAAAGCUGAUACAAACAGUGAUGGUGUCAUAAGCAUUUUUGCUUCCAUUAUGGCUAAAUCUGCUGUUGAUUAUUUCGUUUUAAAUAUUAAUUCAUGA